AUGUCCAGUCAACCGACCUCUCCCGCCCCACUCCCGGGGAGCUCGCAACAGCAGAAUGAGAGCACUGGGAAUGCUUCGAGCUCACCUCACAGCACCGCCGAUUCCGCCGUGCAUAUAGACGAGACCCAGGACAAAGUAGAUGCCGACUCGUCUUUCCAGAGCAACUCGUCCGAGCGGCACCCCAAGGGCAAGAGGAAGAGAACCGCUGCAAAGGACAAGGCAAUCCUCGAAGCAGCAUAUAAUGCCAACCCCAAGCCGGACAAGGCAGCGCGUCUAGACAUCGUGAAGCGCGUGUCCCUUAACGAAAAAGAGGUCCAGAUAUGGUUCCAAAACCGGCGGCAAAAUGACAGGCGCAAGUCGCGUCCCCUGUCACCGCAGGAGAUCGCCGCCCUGCAAUAUGGUGGCAUGCAGGUGCUCUCGUCCGACCCGGUUUCGUACGGCAGCCAGCCUCACAUGUCUACUCUUCCCAACCCCAACACUUCUCCUUACCAGCAGUCUUCGCUGCCCGAGGGGACGGACGCGUCUUCACGACCCAUCGCGGAGCAUGCCCAGCCUGAAACGACGACCGAGUCCCAAGUAGAGUUGCCCGAGGCGCAUCAUAAUAGGAGAGAAUCCGCGGCAUCGAUGGGAGCUGCCGUCCUGCCGUCUUCCCAGCCUGUCGAGUUCAUGGCAGGCCAGCCACACCACUUGCACCGGUCUGCCUCUGUAGGAUACUUCGCCAACAGAUUGCAUGCUGGCACGUCUUACCAGGCCAAUCGUCAGAGCCCGGACUCGUUGAGACACGAGUUUCUCUCCGCUUCGCGACCGUCAUCCUCAGCCCCUGUGCUUCCGCCACCGCUAUCAUCAGGGUUCCGCUUGUCGAUGUCCAUGGAAGGCAAGGCAGAGCUUGUCCCACAGCCAUCGCCGCCGCGCCUCUCUCCCUCAGCAUUGUCUGAUGGCUCUCCUGAUCCUUUCGAUCGUCCCAACCUUCACCGUAGCCGUAGCGCAGCAGCCUGCAUCACGCUGCCUCCCAUUUCAACACUAACCGCUUCUCUUGACACGAACCGCUCGUCCCCGAUCAUCCAGGCUCAUGUCUCGCAUCAGCCACAGCCACGUCUGCCCCAGAGCCUCCACCGCAGCCGCUCUCGGGAUGUUCAUGCGUGGGAGGCGGCCUGCGAGGCAAAUAUCGAGCCCAGGGACGAGCUGACAGCCUACGCGGCGCGCGAAUCAUCUGGAUCCGCCAUCGCGGCCAUCAGUCUCUUGCGCACCCUCAGCUCCAGCUCACUCUCCAGCAUUGGCCAUAAUGGCAACGUCCUCCAAUCCAACAGCGCCAAACGGAACGCGCGCCAGAAUCCUCACCCAAAUCCCAGUGCUAAGAAACCCAAGCUCAGCCGCGCCUCCAGCAGUGUCGGUCGCCUGCAGACAAAUUUUGUCAACACCACAACAGAUAAGCCCCCUGUGCGGCGGGAGCAGACGCCAGUGGAGGUUGACGACCUGAAAAAGGGCAAGGUGUCAAUCCUGUUCUCACCGGGCGGCAACGACUCGGACAAGGAGAACUGGAGCCCCGAUAAGGAGGGAUACGCGAUGUUCCGCGGCGCAUCACGGCCUGCAAACGGAAGACGACCGCUGCCCUCGGAGCCGACGUCGAAGGGGGCGCUGCAGAAGCCCCGCAGGAGCGUGGGCCGCGUGCUAGGAGACGCCGGCAACAGGACGCUCCUCGGGCGCGCGAGGACGGCGCCGACCUCGAGGCGCAAGAAGGGCAGCACCCCGGUGAGCAUCUUCGAGGACGGGGCCGGCGAGGCCGACGUCUCCGAGGCCGAGGAGGAUCAGAGCCGAGGUGACCGGGAGGACGUCGACGACGAGGAGGUGGAGAGGUUCAUGCGCGGCGAGGUCAGCCCGAGCAAGAAGGGGGCGGCUAGCGCCAUCGCGGGGCUGUUGGCUCUGAGCCAGGGCAAUUGGCGAUAA